UAGUGGGUGUAAGGAAGUUCUCAUUCAGCUGUUACACAUUGCAUAAUGAUCAGCUCACUGCUAUUAGUGCUGAGCUUCCUGGUUCUGCUGGGGUGCACACUAAGUGUUGCCAUGGAUCCAGUGCACAUGAUCAUGACCGAUGAAACAAAUGCAGAAAACAAUGUCAAUGGCUGCUUGUACACAUUCUCCGUCAAUGGAAACAUGUCGGUUACAAAGUUCAAUGCACUAACGAAUCAAGCUACUGUAGAAGAAUUCAUACUAUCUAACAAUCACACGGCCAUUAUUCUGACCAGCGAUGGCUCUGGUCAGGGCCCACUGACAAAUGACAAAUCAAACACUGAACUAUUAUACGCUGUGCUACACAACUAUGCCUACAUUGUCAUGGAUACCAGAGUACUAGUGGUCAACCUGAACACCUCCAAUCCUCCGUACCUUUCCUAUGACACACUGGAAGUGGGUCACAAGCCCAACACAAUUAAAGCAUUCACAAUCAAUGGUGAUACGUUUGUCACUGUAACAUACGUCACACCGGAACUAAGAGAAUAUCUGAGGAGAUUUAGGAAAUAUGACAACAGUGUUUGGGGCUAUCACGGAGGGAUUGUGUUAGUGGUGACUCCCAACUGGUACAACCUCACCCUACUGAGUAACACGCUCAUCUAUAAAGCUACUGACUCUCUGAGUAACUACGUCGAUACUAUUUGGGUAGCCGUUGCACAAGAAUGGUAUAUUUAUACCCAAGAUCUUAUUGAUGGAACAACGCGCACAUUCUCAACACCCGAACCUUGCAAUACAAUACAGAGACUAGUCUACAGCCAGCACAGACAGAGGAUGCUAGUGCAGUGUAAAGAGGCUACUGUCUUCUUUGAUGCUCGAGCGAAAGAAUUCUAUAAACUAUGGUCUGAUGUGGUGGGUACUGUAUACAUAGCCGAGGGUGGUGGUUAUGGAGCCGUGGUGGACCAAUCAGGGACAGUCCUCACACUAUUGCACUUACACGGUAAUUAUCAAUCGUUGUCUCUUAAAGUGAGAGGAGAGGUGCAAAAUGUUGUGUUUGUCGAUGCUGGCUCUCAUUUACACUACAUUUGUUAUGUGGAGCUACUCAAUGAAUCGUAUGGUGUGGAUUGCAUUCAAAUUGAACAGUUUUUUCAUCAAAAUUCGACUGAUUAUUCUACUAAUUUGAUUGGCUAUUCCAGUGAUUGCCCUACAUUCUACAGUCAAAAACAUGUCCUCAUAAUCGAACAAACCAACUGUGCCAGUGAUGAAACAUGUUCACCAUCACUACGAGUGUUUGAUAUGCUCACACUCACCAACACGCACAAUGUCACUGGAGUUGAUGCGGCCUUUAUAACAUUCAAAGCUCUGAAAACGAACCCACCCACUGAGGUCCCUAGUACCACUGCAGAUACUACCGCCCACGCCCCCACUACUACCACACCCCCAUCCGCCCCCACAACCACCAUAACGCCUCCACAAACACCAACCACUACAGCAGCCGCCCCCUCAAACAGUGAACUGUUCAUGCAAUGUUCAAUGGAACUAGAAUACUCUAGAAUGGAGUACCACACGUUGCUAUUGACUACAGUUACACUGUGCUGUGUCUUCUCUCUGGCCCUGCUAAUGGCUGUCCUAGUAUUGGUCAUUAUUAUCGUACGUGUCAAGACUACAAGCCAUAAAGAAGAGAAACCUCCAACCCUCACUGACGUUAAACACUCGGACAUUUAGGUUUGUAAUAAUUAUGUCAUUUUCGUAUUUAGACACAAUAUUAUUUUUUCUUUACAAUUUGUUGUUGACAUGAGAUAUAAAAAUAUUAACCGUGAAAUGAUAAAUAGACCAAAACAACACAUAAACACAGCACAACACAUAAUUACACUAAUUAAGCUAAUAAUUAUAUUAUAAUAUUACUAUCUAAGAAUUCGUUUUUAGGCUCAUUCUUUUGACCCAUUCAUAACUGACUACUAGUAUAGCCGAGGUGGGAGCAGUGGACCAUAUCCGUGCACUCAGCCCCUUACGAAAGAAAGCCACACCCUCUUCCUGCCAGAGCCGCUGCACAGUGGACAUCAGUGAGGAGUCACGAGCUGCAAGCUGUGUGGGCGUGUGUGUGUGGGUGUGUGUGUGAGGUUGUGUGUGGGUGUGUGAAGGAAAUAAAAGAAAUGGAGGAAGCAAUACAAUUAAUGUGUGGAAAAUGAUCCCCUAACAACCACACUAUCAUGAACUAGCUGACCCAGCAUUAGGUAGGGACUAUUACAAAUGCUAACAAGUACUUUCACUAAUUAUGAGGCUAGAAAUGUUCACGCUAAUUAGUAGCUGGUGUAAACACGGGAGAACAAGACAACACCCGGGACCACUGUAUGUGUCACUCCAAUAUCAAAGAGAGAGGACAUCAUACAAAUACUACAGCUACAGUGGUUUCCACAAUAGUUGUCCAGAGCGUUAAGAAUUGAUACAACCUUCUUCUAAGAAUAGCCAUAGCUAAUAUUGUGGUUUUGCUAUGACAUCCCAACUACCUUAUGCAAACCACUGUACACAUUAACAAGUAAUGACUGACCUGAUACCUUGUCCUGACCACGUCCAGAGGGUUGGUGAGGAUGCUAGCUGCAAUAGCCGAGACCACUCCACAAUACGCCUGCACCACAGCCACUGGGAACACAUCUGUCAACCCAUGCUCCACAUUCAGCCUGAAAGUCCCACCAUAGAAGGACCACCAUAGUCCACUAUUGGGAGCAUAUGUUAGCAGACUCAUACCAUAGCCUCGAUAAAACCCACGAAGUCCUUCUCUCUCAAAUAUCUCACGAGCAAUCGUCACUGCACUUCGAAAUCGAACCUUUUGUUCAGGUAUUAUAUAAUCAGUAUUUUUGACUAGGACGUACGGUGCUCUUGGCCUCGUUGUUGCCGUGGUGACCUGACCCUCCAUCAUGAGGUGCUGUGAGAGUAUAUCGAUCGGUACAGUCACGGUCUGUCCAACACACGUAGCCGUAGCUCCCGCUAUUAGACCUUUGACCUCUGUAGAAUAUCCUACCAAUCGGCUUCUAGUUAGUUCGUAUGUGGUGAUAUACAUUUGCCCCGCGGCUAAUCCUAAAAUGCUCACAUUAAAGCCUUUAUAUAACCCGAGAAUGCCUUCGUAUUUUAUAACUUUUCUGAAUGCAUCGAAAGUACCGUUGUAGAUGGUGUGUUGGGGCUGCAUGAACAGUCGUGUCUUUAUGAAUGUGAAUGGGUAGAUGAAGGCUCGGACAAACAGGAAUAGACUCGGACCAAUCACAUAGUAACGUUUCUUAUCGAGAUCGUCCCAUUCGAUCAUCUGACCAUUUUGUAGUUUAUCCAUUCUCUCUUUAGAUUGUUUAGUGGACAACUUGACUCAGUGCAUACUAGUAGUGGGUAAGAGCUCUCGGUAUCACAGCACACUGUACUUGUUCAUUCAGGCAGCUAGCUAGGGGUGGAAGCUAGCUAGGGAUGGAAGCUAGCUAGGGUGGAAGCUAUAGCUAGCUAGCUAGACUCUGUGGUGUUAGAUUUACAGGAAACCAAUCUGUACACACACACACCCCUGCCACGCCCUCUCUAAUAAUGUUGACAGGAAGUCAUACAUUUACACACACCCAUCUUACACAGCAACACGUGUUGGUCCCACUGCGCAUGCGUAUAAAUUCUCCCUCGUGGUGUCUGCAGAGACAGAUUUCGCAAUCUACCCGCAAUACUCGCAACACCUUGUAGCUAGUACUCCUGCGGUCCUCCAUGGGUGGGAACUGUCUGUCUCCAUGGCAUCUCCUUGGAGACUUUGACGUCAAUGGCCUGGAAUAUUCCCAGAUCCAGUUCCAGAAGCUCAGUUCCUUUGAAGUUUGAAGGAGAAGUAAAGUGUCUUGCUGGAAGAGAACCAUCGCAAGUCUUUCACUGUGUUACAGAAUCAUCGCGAGCCUUCCACUGUGUUGCAGAAUUAUCGCGAGCAUUGUGUUGCAGAACCAUUGCGAGCCUUCCACUGUGUUGCAGAAUCAUCGCGAGCCUUCCACUGUGUUGCAGAACCAUCGCGAGCCUUUCACUGUGUUGCAGAACCAUCGCGAGCCUUCCACUGUGUUGCAGAACCAUUGCGAGAUUCUCCAGCCAUGGAAGGAUAUGAUAGAGCUGGAUCAUCGGAAGCCGUGCAGGCUGCUGGAGCUAUUGUAAGUUGAAACCGUAGCUCUUGCAUGUUUGUCUUGUUUGUAGCUAGCUUGUUGUAUGUGUUGUUGCAGCUAGAUUGUUCACUCCGGCCUUCUUUCAAGCGUAUCGGUUUUGCGCACUGUUUGUUGAGAAUAGAAGGUUUUGGUUGGUGAUUAUUUUGCUCUGGUAUUCCUUGUGUCUAAGUGUGGUGGCCCCUUCUUGACUGUGAGGUGUGUAGGUCAUGCAGCUUAAUAGAUACAUACUUGCCAGCAAAGCGCAUGUUAAAUGCAUGUAUGCAUGGCUAAACUCGUGUCGACAACGCUUUUUAUGUUUAUGUACUGUUAAUAUACGCGUGGCUAAGAGUCUAUUACCUGCAUGGCCUUGAACCCUUUGGUGGUGGUGGGGUGGUGUCCGUAGCACUCAAGUAACCAAUCAGAAUGUGUGUGGAAGGUUCUUCAACAGUCGGGUCGCAGGACAGCAUCUUCUUGUUCCUGAAACCGUUGUUGAACCAGCCUUCGGGGUGCAAUGAUGGAUUAUUCAUGGCAUUCCAGUCUAUUGAGGGAGCACUCUGCUGUUAGUACCUGCCUAAUGGGAAAGCAGCACAGGAUCCUGCCAUAAUUGGGAGUGUUAUGAUCUCGUUAUCAGUUCCAAUAGUUAGUUAGCUAGGAUCAUUAGAAAAUAGCUUAGCUAUAGUAUAGUUAGACAACUGCUGCUUCUUGGCUUAUGCUAAUUUAGACAGCUUUUUUAGGAUUUUAACUCUGUGCCUACUGCACAUGGAAUUGGUAAGUUCAGGCUUUAACUAAACCUAGGUGUGCCAAGGGAACUGUAGCCUUUGACUGGAUUAGUGAAGAGUAGUCUUGAGCACUUGUGCAAGCCUUGCGUGCCAGGCUUGUUGCAACUGGAGUCGGCGAGGGCUUCAAGAGCAAGGAGGUGUUGUCUCUGUGAGUCUACUGUUGUUGAACCAUCCCACACAUUCUGGUUGAUUACUUUUGUGCUCAGUUAAUGGUACUCACAGUCACAGGGUCCCUUUAGUUUAUUAUGCCCUUAUUGUAUUAGUCCCUUGAGCAAGGAAACUACUGGUGAUAAUGUUCUCAAUGGUGGUGGUAAUGUUGUCAGUUCUGGUGGUAAUUGGUUGGUUUGUUUUCUAAGGUUGUGGAGAUUUGUUGAUGAUCGGCUUUAUUUGAACUGCUGCGCUCAAUGUAACCAUGCAUUUGCUUGUUCUCUUACAGCCACAAUGCACACACACACAGCUCCUCCUACUAGCUACUGUACUAGUGUUCCAUUCUCUCACUGCUUUUGUCUCCUCUCUCCCCCAGGUACAGACAAGCCAUGCUGCUCUGGGACCCAGGAAGAAUUACUAACCUCAUCAAUGGCUGCAUGUUUUGUAUUAUAAUUAUUGAAGGGGGUGGGGCUCAAAUCUCACCACCCACUUCUACAUACACGCUUAUUAAUAAUUAAUUUUAUUACCUCAGAGAAUAAAGAAAGCUUGCUAUGUACAUGUGGUGUGAUACAAUUGUAACUGCAUGGAGAAAAGAUAAGUACAAUAAUAUAUGACAACCACAACGGUAUGUCUUCAUGCACCUUCCGUGUAUAGGUUGAUGUUAAUUGCCUGCACAGUACAAAGGAAGAUAAGUAGCUUGUUAACAGUUCAGUGUGUCUUUCAUGCUCUCUGUGUAGGUUGGUUGUGUGUGGAGGAGCCACUGUAACAGCAUACACACAGAUGAGUCGCUAGCUAUGUUGUGUGGCAAGCCUUUCAUACUCUCUGUGCAGGUUGAUUGUGUGUGGAGGAGCCACUGUAACAGCAUACACACAGAUGAGUAGCUAGCUAUGUUGUGUAACAAGUCUCUCAUGCUCUCUGCAGGUUGAUUGUGUGUGGAGGAGCCACUGUAACAGCAUACACACAGAUAAGUAGCUAGCUAUGUUCUCAUGCUCUCUGUGCAGGUUGAUGGUUGUGUGAAGCUAUGGAGACACUCAAGAUAAGUAUGGUUGGCUUCUAUGGUGUGUAGGUCCAUGUCUCUUCACAGCAAAAGAUAAGUAGCUCCAUUGUGUACAGUAUCUCUCCUGCUCUCUGUGUAGGUUGAUGGUUGUGGAGGAGCCACUGUAACAGCAUACACACAGAUGAGUAGCUAGCUAUGUUGUGUGGCAAGUCUCUCAUGCUCUCUGUGUAGGUUGAUUGCGUGUGGAGGAGCCACUGUACAGCAUACACACAGAUGAGUAGCUAGCUAUGUUGUGUGACAAGUCUCUCAUGCUCUCUGUGCAGGUUGAUUGUGUGUGGAGGAGCCACUGUACAGCAUACACACAGAUGAGUAGCUAGCUGUGUUGUGUGGCAAGUCUCUCCUGCUCUCUGUGUAGGUUGAUUGUGUGUGGAGGAGCGACUAAACAGCAUACACACAGAUGAGUAGCUAGCUAUGUUGUGUGACAAGUCUUAUGCUCUCCGUGCAGGUUGAUUGCAAGGCAACGGUUUGGGGAGGUCUGGCAGUAACAAUUAACUCUGGUGCAUUGUAACAGUAUACAUGUACUUACUAUUUUCGUAAUGAAUUACUUUUACUUUUGUAAUCUUUGAGAAAUUGUAUGUGUGAGUAUAAUUAUGCAGAAACUUUAUCCAUCAUUUAAAUUUUUGUCAACACUUUAUAUUGAAAUGACAAUCAA